CUUAACCUAUAUCCUAUCCCUCCACGAAACAUCUUCAUUACAUCUUUCAAAAACCGUAGUCACUAAAAGCAGCUAAGAGAAGAAAAGCAAAAAGGAAAAGAGAAGAAUGGCAACAAUAGCCGGUGUGAGCAUUUCAAGUCCUUCUCAUAGAGUACUUGCCAAGGGCUCAGACUCACCGCAAAGGGCCCAAGCCAUCAGGUUUGCACCAGUUUCUAGGCUCAGCCGAAGGUGGCCCGGAAUUUUUGGGCCGGGCCAGAGGGUGAGCCUGCGGCCCAUUCGGGCAUCUCCGGAAAAGAUAUCGGAGAAGGUGGCAGAGAGCAUAAAGACAGCGGAGGAGGCAUGCUCGGGAGACGCGGAAAGUGGAGAAUGCGUGGCGGCGUGGGAUGAGGUGGAGGAGCUGAGCGCGGCGGCGAGCCAUGCAAGGGACAAGCAGAAGAGUGCUGACCCACUUGAGAAAUAUUGCAAGGACAAUCCUGAGACUGAUGAGUGUCGCACUUACGACAACUGAGUUGUCAUACCAAUACCAACGUUUCAUGUUGUCUCUUUUAGCUUAUGUUACAUUAGUUCAUGGACACACGUGUAUUAAUUAAUUUUUAUUUAUAUGCAUAAUUCAAAUCAACUACUCAUAGUUUCACCCUUCAUG